AUGUCUGCAGUUGAUCCUAAAUGGCAAAGUCACAUACGACCACGCUACAGCGAUCUGACGACAGGAUUACGAGUGAGUGGCACUGUACUAGACCAUCUCUAUCAGUCGGGACUGCUUAAUCCCGAAGAACGUUCGACAGUGGAUAAAGUCCAAUCGAACACAGAAGAAGACAGGGUUCGCUGCUUGUUGGAAUUGCUAGAAAAGAAGCCUCCUGGUUCUUUUGAAAAUUUUUGUAAUGUAUUGGAAGAUGACAAGGUUGAAUAUAAGCACUUGGCUGUUAUGCUACGGUCUGAAAAAACUGGACCUUGCAGUGAAGGCGUACAUGAGCAAGCAGCAGCACCAGAGGGUACACACUCAGAUGAUGCCGAACUUACACCUGUCGAACUUGAUAAAGAUGAGAUUACUCACACGUUGACUGAGAAUCAUGUACUUCAGCAGAGCAAGCAUCCUUUCCUUACACUAUUGUUCCAUUUAUCCAAAGAGAGAGUGUUUUCAGAGGAGCGGUCACAUUUCUAUGGUGCUGAGAUAACACUAGCCAUCAAGUACCUUCACGAAAACAACAUUGUUUAUAGAGACUUGAAGCUGGAGAAUCUUCUAUUGGACAGACACGGACACAUCAAGCUUGCAGACUUUGGUCUUUGUAAAGAAGACAUCACGAAAGACACAACGACCAGCACCUUCUGUGGAACACCAGAAUAUCUAGCACCCGAGGUUUAGAAGAAAGUGAUUACGGUCGAACUGUUGACUGGUGGUGUGUGGGUGUGGUUAUGUAUGAGAUGAUUUGUGGUCGGCUGCCAUUUUAUAACAGAGACCAUGAAGUGUUGUUUGAGCUCAUUCUGACUGAAGCAAUCAAGUUUCCUUAACGAGCGUUUUCUUUGUUAAGAUCUUUGCUAGCUGGGCUGCUGGAGAAGGAUCCACGGAAAAGGUGUGUGUGUGUGUGUG